GAGCCUCUACCCCCCCUCUGACAGAUUUGCACGAUUGUCCCCCCACGAGUGUUCCUGUGGAGCUUUGAGUUGUCCUUUAAAGCGGUGCAUGAAUCCAGCUGGAGGGAUAUCUGCUACGAUAUACGCCGACAGGCUCCGCGCAGAAGGCAUGGGCUCCAAAGAGCAGGCGGUGAACUUGAACAACCAGGACUAUGAGGCGCUGAAGCAGGAGUGCGUGGAGUCGGGCGGCCUCUUCGAAGACCCCUACUUCCCUGCCGAGCCUCCAUCCCUGGGCUUCAAGGAGCUCGCCCCCUAUACCUCCAAAACUAGAGAUGUGGAGUGGAUCAGACCCACGGAACUGACCGAGGACCCUCAGUUCAUUGUGGGUGGUGCCACCAGGACAGACAUCUGUCAGGGAGCGCUCGGUGACUGCUGGCUCUUAGCAGCCAUCGCCUCUCUCACCCUCAAUGAGAGGCUUCUUCAUCGGGUGGUCCCUCACGGACAGUCGUUCCAAGAUGACUACGCUGGAAUCUUCCACUUUCAGUUCUGGCAGUUCGGCGAGUGGGUGGACAUCGUGAUUGAUGACAGGCUGCCUGUCAAAGACGGCGAGCUUAUGUUUGUCCACUCUGCAGAGGGCAAUGAAUUCUGGAGUGCACUCCUGGAGAAGGCUUAUGCUAAGCUGAACGGCUCCUAUGAGGCUCUGUCCGGAGGAAGCACCAUUGAGGGCUUUGAGGACUUCACGGGCGGCGUGUCCGAGAUGUACGAGCUACGUAAGGCUCCCAAAGAUCUGUACAGGAUCAUCGGCAAAGCGCUGGAGAGAGGCUCUCUGCUGGGCUGCUCCAUCGAUAUCUCCAGUGCCUUCGACAUGGAGGCUGUUACAUUCAAGAAGCUCGUGAAGGGCCACGCCUACUCACUCACUGCACUGAAGGAGGUCGAUUUCCGUGGCAACUUGACGCGCCUUAUCCGAGUGCGUAACCCUUGGGGCCAGGUGGAGUGGACUGGAGCCUGGAGUGACAAUUCGCCUGAAUGGGAUGAGAUCGACCCUUCUGAACGAGAGGACUUGCAUCUUAAGAUGGAAGACGGGGAGUUUUGGAUGUCCUUCAGUGAAUUCACAAGGCAGUUUUCUCGCCUUGAGAUCUGUAACCUGACUGCUGAUGCGCUGAGCGAGGACAGUGUCAGCCACUGGAACACCAUCAAGUUCCACGGCGCCUGGAGAAAAGGAAGCUCCGCUGGAGGCUGCAGGAACCACCCCAACACGUUUUGGAUCAACCCUCAGUAUAAGAUCACGCUGCUGGAGGAAGACGAUGACCCCGAGGAUGAUGAGGUGGCGUGCAGUUUUUUAGUAGCUCUCAUGCAGAAGGACCGCCGCAGACAUCGGCGCCAAGGUCAGGACAUGCACACCAUUGGCUUUGCUCUCUAUGAGAUACCAGAAGAGUACAGGGGCUGCCAGAAUGUCCACUUGAAGAAAAACUUCUUUUUGAGCAUGUCGUCGUGCGCACGCUCAGAGACCUUCAUCAACCUGAGAGAGGUGAGCACGCGGCUGCGUCUGCCCCCGGGAGAGUACCUCAUCGUCCCCUCCACCUUUGACCCUGGCCAAGAGGCCGACUUUGUCCUCAGGGUCUUCACUGAGAAGCAAUCUGAAACUGAAGAACUGGAUGAUGAAGUCUCAGCUGAAUUGGAAGAUGAAGAGGAAAUCUCUGAAGACGACAUUGAUGACUCCUUUAAGUCCAUGUUUGCUCAGCUAGCAGGGGAGGAUAUGGAGAUUUCCAUUCGUGAGCUUCGGACCAUCCUGAACAGAGUUGUCUCCCGGCACAAGGACCUGAAGACUGAUGGCUUCAGUGUAGAAUCAUGCAGGACCAUGGUCAAUCUAAUGGAUAAAGAUGGCAGUGCCCGUUUGGGACUGGUGGAGUUUCAAAUCCUCUGGAACAAGAUCCGGAAAUGGCUGCUGAUUUUUAGACAGUUCGACCUCGACAAGUCUGGGGCCAUGAGCUCCUAUGAGAUGCGUCUUGCUGUGGAGGCAGCAGGUUUUAAAUUGAACAACAGACUGAACCAGGUCUUGGUCGCCCGGUACGCAGAGAACGAGAUGGUUGACUUUGACAACUUCAUCUGCUGCUUGGUCAAACUUGAAGCCAUGUUUAGAUCUUACAAGCAAUUUGACCAAGAAGGAUCAGGAGUUGCUGAGAUGAACGUCACAGAGUGGCUUUUCCUGACAAUGUGUGGAUGAGGAGGAGACUGUACUGGAAGAAUAGUGUAAAGGUACAGACCACCACGAACCGGGACCCUGAAGACCCCUCAGCCUUAGUGACCUGCUGAUCAUUUAACACAUCCCACCUCAGCAUCUGAAGUAGCAAAAAAAAUGCUGUGUAACAAAUAACCAAAGUGGAACCAAGACGCGUAUCCCGGCUGAAUUUAAGAAACUAUGCAAGCCUACAGUAUAAAGCAUUCACUGUGCUACAUAAACUGUCUUCUCGAUAAAACAGCAUGAGUUUGUGCAUGACAAAAAUCACUAGCUGUGAUGUGCACUGUAGCAGAUGAUUUUACAGUGCUACAUUUUAGUUUUGUUGUCUGUAUGAAUUAACUGACAUACUAACAUUUGGACUUAUGACAUCCCACUGAAGCAGGUUAAAAAUAAUAAGAUGUUGUGCUUUAAAAAGUGAAGUCUUAUAGUUUUGCUCAUUCAUUUUCGUUUUCAUUUUUUAAUCACUGAAAUAUUUGAAACGGGAAAUUCUCACCUCAGUGAAGAGUUGGUAGUUUUAAUCUUGCACCAGUAGGUGGCAGUAUAGGCCUGGAUCUGAUGUCAUUGAAGUUUUGUAUUAAUUAUUAAUAUUAUUAGUAUUUUUGGCAUUGAUACUGAAGUUUAGCCUGUUUAUAUUUUACACCAGUCUUCUUCAGUUGACAUUAAAUGUCAAGCAGUUAAAUUGAGUUGUUUUAUUUUGCACUUGGAUUUUAGUAAGCGGUUUAGUGAAGUUGCCUCACAUUGAGAAAUAAUGUAUUAGUUCAAUCAAUUGACAUAUGCAGGGAUCACAUGAUACUGAAUGCCUUAUACACAACACCAUGAUGUUGUUAACAGCUAUUAAAGAUGUGCCAGUCAUAUGUUUUGUGUUGUGAAUGUAUGUUGUGCCUUCAAUAAAUAUUGCCCUCGUAGUUAUAA